GCCGGAAAACUACACUUCAACUACAUUUAUGGUCUUGGCGCUCUCGGCUGCCUUUGCAUGUGGGUGUUGGUCACCCUAAUGUCGCCGGACAGAGUGGCGCCGACUUGCGUCAUCUCUAUCAUUGGCUACUGCCUUCUCCCUUUGUGCAUACUCUCAGCACUUGGAAUCUUUAUUUCGUUAAAGUUCUUCGUGCAAUUUUACGUCGGCUUCUGGCCUCAAGCAUCAUAGCUUCUAUUUCUUACGAUUAG